GUUCGGACACCUAAAUCAACUGUCUAAUGAGUGCUCAAGAAAAUAUUAUUUUGAACACGAAAGAAAGCACCAGCGAUUUCAAUCAUCAGGGCACAGCUCAUUUGGAUUAUUUUGCCAAUAGAUUGCACGUCCACCCCGUUGACAGAAGCAACUCGAAAGGCCGCAAAAUGCAUGAAAUAUGGAGUAGAUCCACAAAUGGCCACGAAAAGGAGAUAAUAAAAAUUUCUGGCCUACUACUUCAGCAAAUGUUUCUUCACAAAUGCGCCUCACGAGAAAGUUUCAAUUCAGCUGGCGGUGAUGAUUUUCAGUCUAACCGUUGGUCGAAUUUAGGAGCUGGAUCAAGGAAUGCCCCCGCUGUCGAAUCAGCAACUGUUCCUGUACGAGAAAUACGGGCGAUGAGGCAGCUUUGCGCUCGGAUUGGACCCGGAGUGCAUCGCCAGACAACAAGCGUUUGGACCAGGAAUGUCCGUAUUUCAGCUUUACGAUCAUGUGACCUGCCGGAUAAACAAAAAAAAAGUCCAAUUGGUUUUGAUUCUAUGCACGGAGAUGUCUGGAAAGCGGCCCGGGCCUUUGAAGGGGAAUAAUGCCUGACAGAAAUGCCAUGGAUUUAGUUCGCAUUCUGAAGGUGCCACUCCCAAGAGCGAAUGCACUCGCAUCUUUUCGUAAUGGACGUCGCGAUGAUGUCAUCGAAGCAAUUGCAAGACCUUGCAACGGGCAUGAGCGUUUCGACCUAGCCAAGGAAAAUCCGUAGGAGGGUGCCUUCGGAUGAGUCUAGAGGUCACAGAUGCCUCACGGCAGAGGUCAGUGUGAGUCUGGCCCAUAAUUCCAGCACCAUGACGGCCAAUAUCACCAUCCACGGUACUGGUAACCAAAUAUAGCUCGAGCUGUGAUGGCGGACGAUAUUUUCCGGAUCCGCAAGGCAUCCUUUUCACAUGACUUCAUCGGCCUUUGGUCUCGUGCUGCAAAACCUUGGAAAGGCGCGCAGGAGGUUCACUGAUUCGUUUGUCUCCCAGGAGGCGGACCGGCGGUGGCUCCGCAUUGGAG